AUGAAAUGCAGCGCUCUCGUCUUCCUCUUCACGUGUUGGAGUCUAUCUGCUGAGGCUGCGCGUGAAUCGGAUCUCCGUCGUGCUCUGGAACAGCUCGCAGCUCCGUCCAAAUACGACGUUCAAGACUUGUUGGAGGGUCCUCCAGAGCUCACGACGUCACUCCCGUUAUUCAACCAACUCGUCCGUGAGGAACGUCGUCAACUUCUGAGCCAAAUCGGCGAGCUGCACCUCUUCGGUGACGGCUCGGUGCCCCACAACGCGACUCAUGCCGAGCUGUUUCUCCACGCAAGCGCCGACAGCUACGGAAGUGCCCGAGCCCAAUUCCUCCUCGGUGUAUCACGGUCUCUAUCCGACGACAAAGCUGCUGCACACCUCUACUACGACUUUGCAGCUCACGGAGGGUCCAUCGGAGCGUCAAUGGCUCUUGGGUAUCGCGCACUUCAUGGCUACGGGGCCACCAAGUCGUGCUCGACAGCUCUGAGGCACUACAAGUUCGCAGCAGACCGGGUUGUUACCGAACAAAGCGACCAGAAGCUGCAACUCUACGCCUUCCCUCAACUUGCUUGGCUCUCGCAGACUGAAGGCGCUCGAUACCACGCAGACCUCAAUCCGUCCGAAGAUUUCCACCGAGCCGAGUACCUUCGUCAACGCGCCGGCGACUACCGCAAUGCGGAUCUCAUGGUGCAGUCCGCGAGUAUCACGUUGUUCAGCGACCUCUACGCCAGUCCAGAAGUCCCUGACCUCGAGCAGCAUUCAGCUCGAGAGCGAGAAGCCUUGCGGUUCUUGGAGAGCUCAAUGAAAUUAGGCAACAUCAAGGCUCAAGCUCUGUUGGGUCACGUGUACGCCUACGGACUCGCUGGUUGUUCUCCGAAUGUUACCAAAGCUGUGGAGCUGUACGAGUCUGCGUUGAACGCGUCGAAAGCUCGGCCUAGCGGCGAGGCUGCCAAUGGGCUUGGUGUCAUUUACUCGCGGGGUAUCGGUGGAGUACCUGUGGACCUUGAUCGAGCUCGGAAGCUGUUCAAAGUUGCAGCGAAUGCAGGCCACGCAGAGGGCGUUUACAAUACUGGCAUGGCCUUCUUGGAGCUUGGGAGCUUCCACGCUGCACGGGCCAAGGAAUACUUUGUAGCAGCGGCUCACGUCGGCCACCUCAAGUCGAUUUUCCAGCUUGCGCGGAUCAAACAGCGACAAAUCCACACGAUCGGGAGUCUCACGAGCAGCAGCGUGUCGUGUGAAGAAGUCGUGGAACUCUAUAAGCGCGUGGCGGAGUAUUCACGUGAGGGAACGUCCAUUAUGACAACAGCGCUGGCACACGCGCAACGUGGGAACUGGGCGCUCGCUCUGGAGCUGUAUCUGAUCGCGGCUGAAAUGGGCUUCGAAGUCGCGCAGAGCAACGCGAUCUGGUUGAUCAAACGCGUUCAACGCCAAGUCUUCGGCGUCAAGUCAACUCGCAGCUCGAAGCAGCUUGAACGGUUGUAUACGCGCCUUGUAACUCGCGCUGCUGCUCAAGACAGCACUGAUGCGCUGCUUAGAUUGGGCGACGGAGCUUUCCUGGACGAGAACUACACUGUCGCGUUGAGGCACUAUCAGCACGCAGACUUGGUGAGCGCUGGUACUUCUGCUCAAGCGCUUUACAGUGUGGGAUACAUGUACGAGUACGGCCUUGGAGUGUCAUCAAUCUCGCCCGAACGCGCUACGCUGUACUACCAUCUCGCAGGGGAGAAGGAACCAUCUCUGCGCCUUGUGAUGGCCGCGCUACAGCUUAAACUACGCGUCCAGAUGUCGACAGUCCGAAGUGAUCCGUACGAAUACGCAACAGCGCUCCAGUUCAUGGGCGACCAAACUCGACUUCAUCUUGAGCUAGCGCGUGGUGAUCUACCCUUAGAGCAGCAGGACUUCACCAUCGAGACGUGGCUACGAGUGGAUGACGUCCCAUCUACGAUCAACCGUGCCGAGCAAGUCGUGACUCUCGUCGAUGCACUGGACAACUUCCAAUUGGAAAUGCUUCCUGCCCCUGGAGCUGCCGGUGAUUCGUCCUGGAUGCUGCGCUUCCGGAAGCAUUCGUUGGUAGACGAACAGCUUCCUGAACUCGUGCUCAGCUUCUCUCACGCGCCGCUGGCCCCGCACACGUGGAACCACAUCGCCGUCACAUUUGACGCGGCAUUCCAGACCGUCACGUUGCUGCUGAAUGCUCAAGUCAAGCAGGUGCUCACCUUCCGCCCGCACCCAGCAGCUCCGAGCCGAAGUGAACAUGCAGCAAAAGACGGGGGAACUUCCUCCUCUUCCAAGUUCCUUGCGAUCGGGAGCAACCUCGCUCGUAUCCACGGGAUGAGUCCUCCCAACUCGAGGGUGUUCUCGGGACAAAUGGUUCACUUUCGACUGUGGAAAACGCGCAAAACUUUGAAAGAGAUCCGAGUGCUGAUGAUGGAGCAGUACGAUCAAGUGGCAACACGGGACCUGCUGAUCCAUCUGCGCUACGAUCUUCGAGCUGCGGGUCCGAAGACAACUACAAAGCGGGUUAUGAACGGAGAUCAAACCGUUUCUGAAGCUCAUGGUAUUCAACUGAAGAUCGUGGAGUUUCCUCCGCCAAACUAA